UGAUGACUUUUGCUAAGAGAUGGGAGAUGUGUUUUGUCGUCGUUGACAUUGAACGUAUUGGAUUUCUUCUAUGUAACGAGCGUAUGGUGUUUGGAAAAUAAGUGAAUAUUGUUCUGCAUGAAGAAUGGAAUAACACAAUCAUGACAGCACAUAUCGAAUUACCAACCAAAACGCAGAUUGACAUUAUCAAAUUAAACAUUGGUGGGGUGCCUUUUCUAACAAGGCAUGCAACGUUAAAAAACGCGCCAGAUACGCGACUCGCACGGUUAACUACUUCGUCAAAGGAAUACAUCUCGGACCAAAAUGUGUACUUCUUCGACCGAAACCCCGAACUGUUCAACUAUAUCCUGGAUUAUUACAGGACAGGCGAGCUCCACUUACCCAAGCACGUGUGUGGUGCAACCAUCAGGAAUGAGCUGGAGUUUUGGCAGUUAGGAUCUGGCAAUAUUGCCGACUGCUGCGUUGCCAGUAUGUUUAAGUUUGAGGACGAGCUGGAAGUCUCUAACAACCUGAAGCAGCAAUUUGAGCUGAAGAACAUGGAGUACAGCUCCGAGCAGUUACAUUCGAGCAAGUGGAAUCGUUUAAAAAGUAAGCUGUGGAAUAUAUUGGAACGUCCCCAGUCCACCAGGCUCGCCAGGAUUUACAGUUUGAUGUACAUGUCAUUCGUUCUCGUUACAUGUGUUACCUUCAUAUUGAGCACGCACGCUGAGUUUAGGUGCGAAAUAUAUGAGAAUGUCUCAGAUAGCGUUGUGGGCAACAGACGUCUCUACGAUUUACUUCUAGAAGAACAUAAAAAUCCGAAGGUCGCGCUGCAAGCUGGCACAGAAUUGAUUCCAAGUCUGCAAUGGCUAAAUGAUAUAUGCACGGUGUUCUUUUUCUUGGAACUCAGUUUGAGGAUUUUGACAUGUCCAAGACGGAAGGAGUUCUUCAAAUUCUCGUUAAACAUUGUGGACAUAAUAAUCGUUAUUUCGCUGGUCAUUACAUUCAUUUUCCGUCAGAACAUAUCGCAGCUCGUCCAUAAGCCUUCACUGUUAUGGUUAUUCCUCUGUUUACGGGGUCUUAUUUUCCUUCGCCUUCUCAGGCUUUUCCGGUUUGCAAGACAUUUUACUGGCCUCAAAAUUUUGUAUCUCGCUUUGAAAGCUAGUAUAGAAGAACUUGGUCUUCUAGUUUUAACUUUCAUGAUAACCACAGCUCUGUUUGGAAGCCUUAUAUUCUAUGCUGAAUUCUCUCAUUAUGACAACAUAAGCAAUGUUCCAAUCGGUAUUUGGUGGGCUAUUGUUACACUAACUACGGUUGGUUACGGGGAUUAUGUACCGCUUACAACGACGGGGUACGUAAUCGGAGCCCUCUGUACAAUGUGUGGACUGUUGCUACUGUCCAUGCCUAUAGCCGUAAUUGCCACUAACUUUAAUGACUAUUAUGCACAAAAUAAGAUACGUGAGAAACAACUGAAGAGAAAACAGACUAUUUUGGCUAAGAUUCGAAACUUAUUCCACUUUGACAACAGUGUUAGUAUCUUCCGAACACCAACGCAACACGUUAACAACAAACCUGACAAUUCGCAAACAGAAUCUACGAGUGAACCAGCUAAGGCCAAUAAAGAAAAAACUGUUAUAGAGAUAAAUGGAGUUGUAGAUAAUGCACAAAAUGAGAAGCUAUCAAAUGGAUCGGCUGUUAAACAUGGAGAAACUAAGAAAGAAAGAAACAUAGCCUUUAAAAGGAUAGUAGUGAAUUCCAGACGAAGUGAAUCACCCAUGCAUACAUCAAAUAACAAAAUUUAGAUGGUUUUUGUCUCUAUCGGUACAGGAUGAUAGUUCAUAAAGAGGGCAUAUACCAUCAAUGAAAACAUGAACUCGUUGUCGACGCGCAACCACUACUCACGUCAUGGUAAACUUCGUUUGAUCUCAAAUCUUUAUCUCAAAUCUUUAUAGUUCAUUUAAUUACAUUUAAAAUUGAAUUUUAUGUCAUUACGGUGUGUUCAAAUUUCACGGAUAUAAGGCUUAAGUUCAGGACCACGGCAGUAUAUCAUUUCCUUUGUCAUCGCCAACAACAAGAAACCAGUCUUUAUUGUUGUUUCCGUCAGUGAAAGAGAUGUCUAUAUCACAUUGUAUUGUUUAAUACUCAAAAAUGUGUUCAGCUAAGGAAAAAAAUGUCAUGUCAGCCGAACGAUUUAUGAGCAAAAAUAUUAUUGACGAAUCUUAAAUGGUGACUUCACAAAUCAAAACUCCAUCAAAAGGUAAUAAAAUUAAUAAUGCCGGUUUUAUGUUACCUUGUUUAUGUUCUAGUUUUGGACCAAUUUUCAUCACGACUAUAAAUUUUGUUUACAUUUUGAAAUAUAAUAAA